AAGCGCCGCCUCUUUGGGGCUGACUGGAUCAUCCGGGGUCAUCCCGUCCAUCCCUCUGCCUCGGUCCCUCAGACCCCUCUCUCCGGGGAAGAAAUGACUGCAGUUCACACAGGCAACAUAAACUUCAAAUGGGACCCCAAAAGCCUGGAGAUCAGGACCCUGGCGGUCGAAAGGCUGCUGGAGCCCCUCGUGACCCAGGUGACAACCCUGGUCAACACAAGUAACAAGGGGCCCUCGAAUAAGAAGAGGGGCCGGUCCAAGAAGGCCCACGUGCUGGCCGCGUCCGUGGAGCAGGCCACGGAAAACUUCCUGGACAAGGGCGAUAAGAUCGCCAAGGAAAGUCAGUUUCUCAAGGAGGAGCUCGUGGCGGCCGUCGAAGACGUCCGUAAGCAAGGCGAGCUGAUGAAGAGCGCCUCGGGGGAGUUCGCCGACGACCCCUGCUCGUCCGUGAAGCGCGGGACCAUGGUGCGCGCCGCCCGGGCCCUGCUCUCGGCCGUCACCCGCCUGCUCAUUUUGGCCGACAUGGCAGACGUCUACAAGCUCCUCGUCCAGCUGAAGAUCGUGGAGGAAGGGAUCUUGAAGCUGAGGAACGCCGGCACGGAACAAGAUCUGGGCAUUCAGUAUAAAGCCCUGAAACCCGAAGUGGAUAAGCUGAGCAUCAUGGCAGCCAAAAGACAACAGGAGCUGAAGGACAUCGGCCACCGCGACCAGAUGGCGGCCGCCCGCGGGAUCCUGCAGAAGAACAUCCCCAUCCUGUACACGGCGUCGCAGGCCUGCCUGCAGCUCCCGGACGUGGCGGCCUACAAAGUCAACCGCGACCUCAUCUACAAGCAGCUGCAGCAGGCCAUCACGGGCAUCUCCAACGCGGCCCAGGCCACGGCCUCGGACGACGCCUCGCAGCCGCAGGGCGCCGGCGGGGAGCUGGCCUACGCCCUCAACAACUUCGACAAGCAAAUCAUCGUGGAUCCCCUGAGCUUCAGCGAGGAACGCUUCCGGCCGUCCCUCGAGGAGCGCCUGGAGAGCAUCAUCAGCGGGGCCGCCCUGAUGGCCGACUCAUCUUGCACCCGAGACGACCGGCGAGAGCGUAUCGUCGCGGAGUGCAACGCUGUGCGCCAGGCCCUGCAGGAUCUGCUGUCGGAGUACAUGGGGAAUGCUGGCCGCAAAGAAAGAAGCGAUGCGCUAAACUCGGCCAUCGACAAAAUGACCAAGAAGACGCGGGAUUUGCGAAGACAGCUCCGCAAAGCCGUCAUGGACCACGUUUCCGACUCCUUCCUGGAAACCAACGUGCCCCUUCUGGUACUGAUCGAGGCGGCAAAGAACGGGAACGAGAAAGAAGUCAAGGAAUACGCCCAGGUUUUCCGCGAACACGCUAAUAAACUGAUCGAGGUGGCAAAUUUGGCCUGCUCCAUCUCCAACAACGAAGAAGGGGUGAAACUGGUGCGCAUGUCGGCAAACCAGCUGGAAGCUCUCUGUCCUCAGGUGAUCAACGCGGCCCUGGCUCUGGCCGCCAAACCCCAGAGCAAACUGGCCCAGGAGAACAUGGACCUCUUCAAAGAACAGUGGGAGAGACAGGUUCGGGUGCUCACCGACGCCGUGGACGACAUCACUUCUAUCGACGACUUCCUGGCCGUCUCAGAGAACCACAUUCUGGAAGACGUCAACAAGUGCGUCAUCGCCCUGCAAGAGAAGGACGUGGACGGGCUGGACCGCACCGCGGGGGCGAUCCGCGGCCGGGCCGCCCGGGUCAUCCACGUGGUCACCUCGGAGAUGGACAACUACGAGCCCGGCGUCUACACGGAGAAGGUGCUGGAGGCCACCAAGCUGCUGUCCAAUACAGUCAUGCCGCGCUUCACCGAGCAAGUGGAAGCGGCCGUCGAGGCGCUCAGCUCCGACCCCGCUCAGCCGAUGGACGAGAACGAGUUCAUCGACGCCUCGCGCCUGGUUUACGACGGCAUCCGGGACAUCCGGAAGGCCGUGCUGAUGAUAAGGACUCCAGAAGAGUUGGACGACUCGGACUUUGAGACCGAAGACUUUGACGUCAGGAGUCGGACCAGCGUCCAGACCGAGGACGACCAACUGAUCGCCGGCCAGAGUGCAAGAGCCAUCAUGGCUCAGCUUCCCCAAGAGCAGAAGGCCAAGAUCGCGGAGCAGGUGGCCAGCUUCCAGGAGGAGAAGAGCAAACUGGAUGCCGAGGUGUCCAAGUGGGACGACAGCGGCAACGACAUCAUCGUCCUGGCCAAGCAGAUGUGCAUGAUCAUGAUGGAGAUGACCGACUUCACCCGAGGGAAGGGGCCCCUCAAAAAUACGUCGGACGUGAUCAGCGCGGCCAAGAAGAUCGCCGAGGCCGGGUCCAGGAUGGACAAGCUGGGCCGGACGAUCGCCGACCACUGCCCGGACUCGGCCUGCAAGCAGGAUCUGCUGGCCUACCUCCAGCGCAUCGCCCUGUACUGCCAUCAGCUCAACAUCUGCAGCAAAGUGAAGGCGGAGGUUCAGAACCUGGGCGGCGAGCUGGUGGUGUCCGGGGUUGACAGCGCCAUGUCGCUGAUCCAAGCGGCCAAGAACCUGAUGAACGCCGUGGUCCAGACGGUGAAGGCCUCCUACGUGGCGUCCACCAAGUACCAGAAGUCGCAGGGCAUGGCCUCCCUGAACCUGCCGGCCGUGUCCUGGAAGAUGAAGGCCCCGGAGAAGAAGCCGCUCGUCAAGAGGGAGAAGCAGGACGAGACCCAGAAGAUGAUCAAGAGGGCGUCCCAGAAGAAGCACGUCAACCCCGUCCAGGCCCUCAGUGAGUUCAAGGCGAUGGACAGCAUUUAGGGGAGGGUGGGCCGGGGGCCCUCCCUUCCUCCUCCUCCUCCUCCCCCCCC